CCCUCGACGACGGUUUGCCCUCUCUCCCGAGCCCGGGACUCCGGCCGCCACGUGCGUCCACCUCCCCGGCGGCGCCAAAACCCUAGGCAAGGAGGAGAGCAGCGAAGGGAGGGGAGAGUCAGAGUCCACCAUGGAGAAGCUUGACGAGAGCAAGUUCGAGCAGCGGCUGCAGCUCUGGGCGCUCCGCAUCCCCCGCGAGCUCGCCUCCGCCGUCACCCGCCUGCUCCGCUCCGGGUACCUACUGGACAAGCCGCGGGUGAAGCCAGUCGUGGAGGAUCCCGAGAGCGACAAGAACCGGCUCGUCGUGUUGUCGGAGAAGAUCCAGAACCCCGACCUGUCUGAUAUUGAGGAGAAGGUUUACGAUUCACUGAAGCAAAUUUGCAACAUUGAUGUUGUACCUUACAGUUUGACCCUUGGUUAUUCUUACUGGAGUGCAGAUCAUAUUCUGAAGCAGAUCUUGCCUGCUGGAGUGGAGGUACCCUCUUCUUUUGAAACAAUUGGCCAUGUUGCACAUCUGAACAUACCUGAUGACUUGCUUCCAUACAAAGAUGUCAUAGCAAAGGUCAUCUAUGAUAAAAAUUAUCCAAGGAUUCAGACUGUGGUAAAUAAAGUUGGGACCAUUACAAACGAGUUUCGAGUUCCGCAGUUUGAAAUCUUAGCAGGGAAAAACGAUAUGGUAACUGAAGUAAAACAAUAUGGCGCUACAUUUAAACUUGAUUAUGGAUUAGUCUACUGGAAUUCGAGGCUUGAGCAUGAACACAUCAGAUUGGUUUCCCUUUUCAAGAAAGGAGAUGUUAUAUGUGACAUGUUUGCUGGUAUUGGCCCAUUUUCGAUUCCAGCUGCACAGAAAGGAUGUAUUGUAUAUGCAAAUGAUUUAAAUCCAGACAGUGUUCGUUAUCUAAGAACAAAUGCACAGAUUAACAAGGUGGACGAUUAUAUAUUUACAUAUAACAUGGAUGCCAGAGUGUUCAUGCAAAAUUUAUUGGAAGUGCCUUGUUCAGAAAAUAAGUCAGACUCUCAAGUUGCUGCUAAUUGUUCUAGUGAAGACAUUGACCCUGCUAAUGAAAGUUCGACUUCAAAUGGAAAUCAUAGUGAUGUUCAAGAGAGCUGCCAUAAGGAUAUAAAUGACUCAUCCAUGAUAAGCACUGCGACAAAAAGGCGUCAAGAAAGCUCAAAUGGAGGUGAUGGGUACUGCCAAGAAGAUGCUAGUCAUACAAAGAAGAGGAACAACAAAAGAGUAAAAGGCUCAGGACCACCACCUGUCAAGCCAUGGGAACACUUUGACCAUGUCGUAAUGAAUUUACCUGCUUCUGCUCUGCAGUUUCUUGAUUGUUUCAGUGGUCUUGUCCAAAAGAAAUACUGGACCGGACCAUUACCUUGGAUCCACUGUUAUUGUUUCAUCCGUUCAAGUGAAUCUGAAGAAUUGAUAUUAUCCGAAGCACAAAAUAAAUUGAAUGCGAAGAUAGCAGAGCCCAUAUUCCAUAGGGUUCGUGAUGUUGCACCUAACAAGGCUAUGUUCUGUUUAAGUUUUCAGCUACCUAGCGAAUGUCUCAAGGAUGAAACUGAAGAUCACAUACAAUCAGUUGACUGUUAGCCUCUUCUAUACAGUACUCUUGAAGUUGUAUUAGUUUUGCCUGCAGUUUUGGAGGUUCUAUAAAAGAAAUGGCGAUCAUCCGAUGUCUCCUGCCAAGAUGGAACCCAGUUGCAUCUCAUGGUGAAGGGGAAUCAAUGCGAUAUUUUUGUAGACUUUAAGGUGCUUUGCAUGGUUGAAAUCAAUUCGGAGCCCUAUCCGAUUCAGAAAUCUGCUGCCGUAGGUUUGCAUAUCUGGUUGCAGGGCUUUUCAUGUCUGCGCUGCUUCUGGAUUCCAAUGCCUUAUCAGUUUUUUCUAGAGUGUGGGUGGAGUUCAUGUAAAACGGGAAAGGAUAGUAGUUCGGAAAAUUAUACUGUCCAUUUAUCGUUGUUCUCUGUAUUUUUAGUUCCAGAUUAAUCCUAUUGUUUACAUCAAUCUCAUGGCCGUUUGCCAGUGUAUUUAUGUUCAGCCCAUUUUCCCU